UCAACGAAAACCAUGUUCAAAUUUUCCCGCCACUAACACUUAAUGAAUUUAUCAAAUACCAAUCAAAUCAAUCCACCUCACAUUUGUACCGUGUUACGAACCGGCAAGCUGAAUUUCUUAACGAACGACUGCACACGUUUACUGCUAAGGAGGAAGAAAGUCAUAGCAGCAAUGAUUUUGGGGUGCUUUCUAGUGAUUUUUGUUGUCCCGUCGUAUGUUUUUGGUGCUUCUAAAGGCCCAAAAGUUACUGACAAAGUCUAUUUUGAUAUAGAAAUUGGAGGAGAAAAAGCUGGCAGAAUUGUAAUUGGUUUGUUUGGAAAGACUGUCCCUAAAACUGUGAAGAAUUUUAAAACAUUAGCAGAAGGAACUGAGGAGAGAGAUGGUAAACCAUUAACAUACAAAGGAAGUAAAUUUCAUCGAGUUAUUAAAGAUUUUAUGAUUCAAGGAGGUGACUUUACAAGAGGAGAUGGAACUGGAGGUAGAAGUAUUUAUGGAGAAAAAUUUGCUGAUGAGAACUUCAAGCUGAAGCAUUAUGGAUCUGGAUGGUUGUCCAUGGCUAACGCUGGUAAAGAUACAAAUGGUUCUCAAUUCUUUUUAACAACAAAAAAGACCGAAUGGUUAGAUGGUAGACAUGUUGUUUUUGGAAAAGUUAUAGAAGGAAUGAGUGUAGUAAGAAAAAUAGAGAGUAAUCCGACAGCAGCUGGAGAUAAACCUAAAAAAGAUGUUGUUAUAGCUGAAUGUGGUUCAUUACCUGUAGAUGAACCUUUCGCAGUAGAAAAAGCACCCUCUGAAGAAUAAACAGACAUUCUCAUUUGACCACAUCUUGUAUAAUUUCUAGUUUUUUGGGUCCUCUUUUUACUACUCCUAUGAAAUGUUUUUGCCAUAUAAUGUGCAAGAUUGUAAAAUUGUGAUUGUAUCUGCAUGUAUGAAUUAAAAGAAAAAUCAUGUUUAGUGGAAUAUAAUGACAGACGUGAGGUUAAAUUUGACAAAGAACUAGAAAUUAUGUAACAAGGGCCUGUGAACAUUUCUUUGAAUCUAAAUCUAUUUCAGCCAUUUUAAAUUAUUCACCCUCACUUUAGUAAUUUUGUAAAAAGUAAGUUUUUUGUUUUUUUGGAAAAAUAUUAGAGUGAUGUUGAUCAUGUUUAAAAAUGAAGCAAAUUACAAAACCUAAAAUGAAAUUACCCACAAUCAUUGAAAAUUUAAAAGUGACCAACUCCAAGAUGUACAUGUAGAAGAAUGUUUAUCAUCCUGUUAUAAUGAUGUUAUCUUCUCGUAUACCAGCAAUAAAUAGUGCUCAUUUUAUACAAAAUAGCCAAAAUAGUUUGUUUUUUAUAUCAUUGCAGUCUAAUUAUUAUAAUACUUUUUAUUAUUAACUGCCUUUUGUUUUUUGAGUGUUGUAAAUGAUUUGUUUAAAAACAAUAUAUAUAUUUUGGUUAAUCAUAUCAUUUUUCAUUUCUGUAUACAAGUGCAAGAACUAAUGAUCUUGUUUCUAAAGUUCAAAUAAAUUUGUACUUCAUAUUUUUCUCCAAAAGUUAAAUCGUAAGCUUUUUUUUUAAAAGUUAUUGUUCUCAGGUUAAAAGAUGGAACAUAUUUGUAACAAAUAAAUUAUGGAUAGACAAAUAUAUGUAGAAUUUGUCAUGAAAAAUAUAUUAGCAUUUAACAUACAAUUCUCAGAUUAUGAUAAAAACUUUUUACAUUAAAACAUAAAAAAAAUAAG